AGCAUACAGAUGGGUGGAUUAUUGAUUCAAGAAAAAAAUUUUGCAACGGGCCAAACAAUAAAGAGAGUGUUAAGUGAUUUGGGACAGGACAAGCCAGCUCAGACGAUUUGAGCGCACAAUUUUCAACGUCCAGCAGGAAAUCUGGACCCAUCGGCCACGAUAUAACACACUGACUGUCAGAUGAUGUAAAUAAGCGAGUUUGGGUCAGGCAGAUUUAGUUACUUCGCUACGUAUUCACUGAAUUUAAGCACCGAGGUUUCUACGUCUUCACGUUCCUUCUACAAGGAACAGGAUUGGACACCAGAACGCAACUGCUGUGAGACAAGAAUAAGAAGAUGCUGCUACAGGUGGGAGGAAAGCGCUCUGCCCUGGGCCUGUUGGCCAUCAGGAGGGUGUGGAGUAUGAGCCGCUCCGCCCAUACCGCAUCCCAGACACUGGAGUACAAACCCAUCAAAAAGGUCAUGGUGGCCAACAGAGGAGAGAUUGCCAUCCGGGUGUUCCGGGCUUGCACAGAGCUGGGGAUCCGCACGGUGGCCGUCUACUCUGAGCAGGACACGGGCCAGAUGCACAGACAAAAGGCAGAUGAAGCUUACCUCAUCGGGAAGGGGCUGCCACCUGUAGCAGCCUACCUGCAUAUACCAGACAUCAUUAAAGUGGCCAAGGAGAAUGACGUGGAUGCCAUCCACCCAGGUUAUGGCUUCCUGUCAGAACGAGCAGAUUUUGCCCAGGCGUGCGUGGAUGCUGGGGUACGUUUUAUCGGCCCCACCCCAGACGUGGUGCGCAAGAUGGGGGACAAAGUUGAGGCCCGUGCCAUUGCCACCAGUGCAGGUGUGCCGGUGGUACCUGGAACAGAUGCUCCCAUCUCGUCUUUGCAGGAAGCUCAAGAGUUCUCCAACAGCUACGGUUUCCCGAUUAUCUUCAAGGCUGCGUAUGGAGGCGGAGGCCGUGGAAUGCGAGUGGUCAGGGAGUAUGAGGAACUAGAGGAGAACUAUCAGCGUGCGUACUCUGAGGCCCUGGCAGCCUUUGGCAAUGGAGCUCUGUUUGUGGAAAAGUUCAUUGAGAAACCCAGACACAUCGAGGUGCAGAUCUUGGGCGAUAAAUACGGCAAUGUCAUUCACUUGUACGAGAGGGACUGCUCUAUCCAGAGGAGACACCAGAAGGUGGUGGAGAUCGCACCGGCCACACAGCUGGACCCACACCUCAGAGACAGACUCACUGCUGACUCCGUGAACCUCGCUCGACAGGUCAGUUAUGAGAACGCAGGCACAGUGGAGUUCCUGGUGGAUAAACACGGUAAACAUUACUUCAUCGAGGUCAACUCCCGUCUGCAGGUGGAGCACACGGUUACUGAGGAGAUCACAGAUGUGGAUCUGGUACACGCUCAGCUGAGAGUGUGUGAAGGUCGCAGCCUGCCCGAGCUGGGCUUGAAACAGGACAAGAUACGGAUCAAUGGCUAUGCCAUCCAGUGCCGUGUGACCACGGAGGACCCGGCACGUGGCUUCCAGCCUGACACGGGAAGACUGGAGGUCUUUCGCAGUGGAGAGGGCAUGGGUAUCAGGCUGGACAGCGCAUCUGCUUUCCAGGGUGCUGUCAUCUCCCCUCAUUACGAUUCCCUCCUGGUGAAAGUCAUCGCCAGUGGAAAGGAUCUGCCGGCGGCCUCUGCCAAAAUGAGCCGAGCUUUAGCGGAGUUCCGCGUCCGGGGGGUCAAGACAAACAUCCCGUUCCUCCAGAACGUGCUGAGUAAUAAUCAGUUCCUGAAUGGGACGGUAGAUACUCAGUUCAUCGACGAGAAUCAAGAUCUCUUCAACCUCAAACCGGUGCAGAACCGAGCCCAGAAACUGCUUCACUACCUGGGUAACCUUUUAUUGAACAAUUGA